AUGGGUCUGGGCAAGACCUGCCAGACCAUUUCUUUGCUGGCAUAUGCUCGGGGAUGCCUUAAGAUGAACGGACCGUUCCUUGUGCUUUGUCCCUUAUCUGUUUUGGAGAACUGGAGACAGGAGUUAGAGCGCUUCUGUCCCAUUCUGUCUGUGAUCUAUUACACUGGGGAUAAAGAAAAAAGGGCAGAGCUCCAGAAAGAGCUCAGGAAUAACCAACACUUCCAUGUCCUUCUCACCACUUAUGAGAUGUGCCUCAAGGAUGCCAGAUACCUGAAAAGGUAA